GAGGCUAGAACUCGAAGAAAAGCCCCUACUCUGUAGCAGGAGAAUGUGGUCCCUCAGGCACAUGUGUAGGCCUUUGUCAAUACACUCGACGCUUGUGUGAGUCUUCAUAAAGCCUGCGUGCGACGACGAAGGCCGUUUGCUGAACAAUCCAAUUUGCGUGCUCACAACCGUCCUUUUGGCUGGCGAAUCCACCAGGACUAUGGCUAGAAGCUCAGCCAGUUCGGGCACCGUAACAGCCACAAUGUCUCCCUCGAGAACCACACCUCCCUCUUCUCCAGUGCACGGCUCCGAUGCCGAGGUCAAUGCAGAGGCGAAGGAGGAACCAAUGGUGAAAGAGGAAAACAAAAUUGUGGCCAACGAGGAGGAUGAAGAAGAGAUGGACAUGAAAUCUCGCGCCCUUACAAACUUGCUCAAGACAAGCUCGGUCUUCGUUGCUAUCAUGGCAGACAAGAUGAAGGAGCAGCAGAGGCGCAAUCAGGAGCAAGCCAGACGGUCUGCAGUCAAGCAGGAGCACGAAGCAGCAAAGCAAACAGAACCCAAAGGCCCGACAAGAAAGUCAACGAGGACUCAUGACACAGAGGAGGCAGCGGAACCGGAACAGGUGGCUGAGUCAGAGAAGAAGGGCGGUCGUGGUCGAGGUCGAGGUCAGCCAGCUAAGAAGACUAAUGCUGCAAAGAAGAACAUUACACAGUAUUUCGAUUCGAAGACGGUCAAGGCGGCUGAAGAGGGCCCUUCAGUCCAGCAAGCCCUUGCAGAGGCUGCGGAGGAAUAUAAAGGGGAGGGACUCGGGACACAAGAGCUCGUGGCCACGGAACAACCCAGCCUGGUGACUGGCGGGCAGAUGAAGAAAUACCAGCUCGAAGGUCUCGAAUGGAUGAAGACGCUUUGGAUGAAUGGUCUCUCUGGUAUCUUGGCCGACGAGAUGGGUCUGGGCAAGACUCUGCAAGCCAUCUCCCUAAUCGCCUUCUUCAAGGAGAACAACAUCUCCGGCCCAUUUCUCAUUGUCGCUCCACUCAGUACAGUUCGAAAUUGGGUUGAAGAGUUCAAGUACUGGUCCCCUUCCAUCAAUACGAUCCUUUACCACGGCAGCAAAGACGAACGGGACGCCAUGCGGCGCCGAAAGAUGAAAAUGCAAGACCAAGCCAAACCCGACUUCCCUAUCGUCGUGACCAGCUACGAAAUCUGCAUGAAUGACAAGAAAGUUCUGGCAAACUACCAGUGGCGCUACAUCAUCGUCGACGAGGGCCAUCGUCUGAAGAACAUGAAUUGCCGCUUGAUCAAGGACCUGAUGACAUACAACAGCGCCAACCGACUCCUUAUCACAGGCACGCCGCUGCAGAACAAUAUCGCUGAACUCUGGUCCCUGCUCCAUUUCCUUCUGCCCGAAGUAUUCAACGACCUCGAUAGCUUCGAGCGCUGGUUUGACUUCUCCAGCGUGCUCGAGGACAAGGACGAUGAGUCCGGCAAGACACUCAAGCGCAAGAACAACCUAGUCUCGACGAUGCAUGCUAUUCUCAAACCCUUCCUCCUUCGAAGGGUGAAGACGGACGUCGAGUCCACCCUGCCGAAGAAACGAGAAUACAUCCUCUACGCGCCGCUGACGUCUGAGCAGAAAGACCUCUACAGAGAAAUUCUCGCCGGCACGAGCAGAUCCUACCUUGAAGACAAAGCCGUCGAACGUAUCGAAGCACGCAGUCGAGCGGCGAGCGUGAAGCGGAAAUCCAACGAGAGUGGGCGCAGCACGCCAGUGAAGAGUCGGAAGAUCAGCCGCGCGUCGACACCUGCGUCGGUUGCCUCGACCGGCUCGACUCGAAGGGGCAGGAAGGCAACGCGCACGAGCUACCGCGACGUGACGGAUCGAGAGUUCAACGCUCGACUGCGCCAGCUGGAGCGCGGCGAGGAGGGUGUCAAUCUUGACACUGCGUCUCCCGUUCCGGACACGCCGGGGUUCUCAUCUGAGGAGGCAGAAGAGUUUGAACGUGCUCAAACACUCAGGCUCGCGAAGAAGGAGAUCGCGACCAAGAAGUUACAGAACCCGAUCAUGCAAGCGAGACUGGCGUGUAACAGUCCGCACAACUUCUACUGGCCGUGGAAGCCCGCGACCAGUGCGGAGGAGGAGUCAGGUGAUUACCCACGUGUCGAUGAGAGCCUUGUCACCGCAAGUGGCAAGAUAAUACUUCUGGACACGCUACUUCCGCGGCUGUUUAAGCUGGGUCACAAGGUCCUGAUAUUCAGCCAAUUCAAGACUACCUUGGAUAUUUUGGAGACGUAUGCAGCUGAACUGCGCGGUUGGAAAUGCUGCAGGAUUGACGGCAGCGUGGGCCAAGAGGAGAGGUACGAGCAGAUUACCAGUUUCAACAAAGACAAGACGUUCAAUUUGUUUCUGCUGAGUACUCGGGCUGGUGGCCAAGGUAUCAAUCUCACAGCGGCGGAUACCGUCAUAUUGUUCGAUAGCGACUGGAAUCCGCAGCAGGAUCUGCAGGCAAUGGACCGGGCGCAUCGGAUUGGGCAGACCAAGCCGGUUAUUGUGUAUAGGCUGGCGACGAGGGGGACGGUCGAGGAGACGUUGUUGUUCAAGGCAGAUGCGAAAAGGAAGUUGGAGAAGCUGAUCAUACAGAAAGGCAAGUUUAAAAGUUUGCUGAACGAGGGAGCGGACGGGGAAGAUGUUCGGGCGGUUUUGGAGGGCGAUGAGUUUGAGAAGUACGAUGUUGAGGGCAAGGAGGGAGGGAAGAUAUUGAGUGAAGAGGAACUGAGGAUAUUGACGGAUCGGAGCGAUGAGGCGUAUGAGCGCGCGGAACGUGGAUUGGAUGUUGGUGGCGAGGGACAGGUGUUCAAGGUCGCAGAGACCAAGAGGAGUGGAGACGUGCUUGAUGACUUGACGGUCAGGAGUAAAGGAUGAGACGGUUUGAUGCUCGGGUGAUGGGAGCAAUUGGUUUUGUGUAGCGACGGACAUUGGAAGGCAUUGAAGGUACAGGCGCGUUGGAUAGCUGAGCAUGACCCGGUUGUCAGUACGGAGUACGCUGUAUAUCAGCCCGAUAUCACUCGGUUCUCAAAUCGCGGCCUUACCAAUUCCACCCUGCAAUGCGGAGUCCACGUUUCCCAGACACAUUGAUUGGCAGAUGGCGGC